AUGGCACCGGUUUCAUUGCCUCCUGGAUUUCGAUUUCACCCAACGGAUGAGGAGCUCGUGGCUUAUUACCUAAAACGAAAGAUCAAUGGCCGAAAAAUAGAUCUUGAAAUCAUCCCAGAAGUCGAUCUCUACAAGUGUGAGCCAUGGGACCUUCCAGGAAAAUCUUUAUUGCCGAGCAAGGACCUCGAAUGGUACUUCUUCAGCCCACGAGACCGAAAGUACCCAAACGGGUCAAGGACAAAUCGGGCAACGAAAGCCGGAUACUGGAAGGCCACCGGCAAGGACAGAAUAGUAAAUUCGCAAACGAGGGCGGUUGGCAUGAAGAAAACCCUAGUAUUCUACAGAGGAAGGGCGCCUCAUGGGGCUCGAACGGAUUGGGUCAUGCACGAGUACCGUUUAGACGAAAGAGAAUGUGAAACUCCCAUAGGCUUGCAGGACGCUUAUGCCCUUUGCCGCGUGUUCAAGAAAAGCUUGAACAUCCCGAAAAUCGGCAACCAUUAUAACAUUGCCUCGGCUACUGAGCAGUCCACAAGCAUCGACCUACAUUGUGAUGGAAAGUACGAAAAUGACCCUAUGAACAUAAUCGGCUCCUCAUCGAACGAUGAUUUGACAUGGAGAAUGGAUGAGAAUUUGAGAUGGAUUGGAAUGUCUGAUGAGGAACUUGAAAAGGCAUUUUCAGAUGAUUUCAAGACAAUUCCAAUAGAGAAUUUCUCUAAUAUCCAGAGAGAAUACCAAGAGUUUGAAGAGAAUUUCUCCAAUAAAGAUCACAUGGAUGAUUUCUCAAGCACGCCAAACUUCGAAGUGAACGAGAAGAUCGAAAUCAGUCGCGGGUUGCUUGUUUCGACCCGACAGGCGCCUAAUACAUUCUACCACAAAGUCGUGCCUUCUAAGACGGUCGAAGUCCACAUAAACCCCACAAUGAUGUACCGUUUUCCUAUAGCGAAAGGGGGCUCGAUGGGAGUUUCUAAAAAUGGAAACUUUUCGGAAAAUUUGGUGGCAUUUUCAAGAAAUAUGGUGAGGAGCAUGAGCUUGAAGAUUAUGAAGUUUGAUGAUGAAGUGAGCUUAUGUGGUGAAGUGAGCAAUAUGAAGCAUUAUUUGACCUUUGCUUUGGCUUUAUGUGCCAUUUGGGUACAAAUUGUGACACCUUUCUCUUGA